GAAUAUCACUGGGCACAUCACUUGGCUCAUAACUCGGUGUAGAGCUAGGAUGUGCACUGGGAGUUACACUUGGAGAAGCACUUGGGGUUUUGCUAGGUGAUGCACUAGGAGAUGAACUUGGAUUUGCAGGGGGACGCACUUGGAACAAGACUUGGAAUGUCACUGGGCAUAUCACUUGGUUCAAAACUGGGAGCAGAGCUUGGCGAUGUAGUUGGAAUCAAGCUAGGAUUCAAUGUUGGAGUUGCACUUGGUGAUGCACUUGGGGUUUUGCUAGGUGACGCGCUGGGUGACUUGCUUGGGACACGACUUGGAAUAUCACUGGGCACAUCACUGGGACUGGAACUCGGAGAUGCGCUGGGAACUAGGCUGGGUAAAUCGCUGGGCAUGUCACUGGGGGUUGAACUGGGGACAACACUAGGAGUCUUGCUUGGUUUAGUGCUUGGGGAAGCACUGGGAACUAGACUUGGAACAUCACUUGGCAUAUCACUUGGAGUUGCACUGGGGGAAGAGCUUGGCGCAGAACUGGGUGUGGAACUUGGGGUGCUACUUGGUGCUGCACUUGGUGAUGAACUGGGUGGUCGGCUUGGUGCUGAACUUGGGGAAGCACUGGGAACUAAACUUGGUACGUCGCUUGGCAUAUCACUGGGAGUUGCACUGGGGGUAGAGCUUGGUGAUGUAGUUGGAAUCAAGCUAGGAUUCAAUGUUGGAGUUGCACUUGGUGAUGAACUGGGUUCACUUGGUGUGAACUUGGGGAAGCACUGGGAACUAAACUUGGUACGUCGCUUGGCAUAUCACUGGGAGUUGCACUGGGGGUAG